ACCAUGCGCUCUCUCUUAACCCCACCCAUCCUGGCAACACCCAGCCUCGACUGAAGAAAUCCAGAGCCCAUCCCAGUGGCUGUGAGCUGUUCGGAGCGCGCAGUCUCAUCGCGGGGUAGGAGGGGACUGGCGAGAGAGCGAGCGAGAGAGACGCAGAGAGAGAGAGAGCGAGCUACAGCAGACUCAUCGGGACAGGCACAGAGAUACAUUCGUGUCCACAGAGCCAGUGAUACACGACACAGACGGCGAGAGAGACGGCGAGACAGGGCCACGCAGAGACGCAGUGAGACAGAGCAAUGGGAAGCCCACGCCGAGGCCGCGAGGUGAGGGAGGUGAGGCAGGUUAGGGGAGAGGUGAGAUCCUCGUCUCCGCUCAGCCCCGCGCGCAUCACCCGGGCCCAGGAGAAGGAGGAACUCAGCAACCUCAACGACCGCCUGGCGGUCUACAUCGACAAGAUGCGCUCGCUGGAGGCGGAGAACUCGAUGUUGCGGAUGCGCGUGUCGGAGAGCGAGGAGGUGGUGACGAGCGAGGUGACCGGCAUCAAGGCGUCGUUUGAGCGGGAGCUCGCAGACGCGCGCCUUUGCCUCGACAACGUGGCGCACGAGAAGGCGCGCAUCGAGAUCGAGAGCGGGAAGCUCCGCUCCGACUUCAACGAGCUCUACAGCCGGAUGGCGCAGAAGGAGCGGGACCUGGCCACAGCGCUAGGGCGCAACAAAGACCUGGAGGCGCAGCUGGGCAGCAAAAGUCACGCGCUGGGCACCGCGCUGGCACAGCAGCGCAUCCUGGAGGACGAGCUGCGCUCGCUCAAGGCCAGCCUGUCCUCGCUGGAGGGGAACCUGCUGAACCUGAAGAAGCAGCUGGAGGAGGAGACACUCGCUCGAGUCACCGCCGAGAACGCCGCCCAGAGCCUCAAGGAAGAGCUCGAGUUCCGUCGGUCGAUGUUCGAAAACGAGGUGAAGGAGACGCGCAAGCGGCAUGAGUCCCGGCUGGUGGAGAUCGACGCCGGGCACCAGCAGGAAUACGAGAGCAAGCUGGCGCAGGCCCUGCAGGACCUGCGGGCCGAGCACAUGGACCAGGUGCAGCUCUACAAAAAUGAGCUCGAGAACAACUACAAGACCAAGAUGGAGAACGCGAAGAUGUCGCUGCAGCAGAACUCGACGAUGUCGGGCGUCGUGCAGGAGGAGCUCACCGAGUCUCGCAUGCGCAUCGAGACGCUCAACAACCAGCUGGGCGCCCUGCAGCGCCAGGUGGCAGGGGCGGAGGCGAAGAUCCGCGACCUGGAGGAGACGCUGCGGCGCGAGCGUGACUCGCACUGGCGCCAGCUCGCCGACAAGGACCGCGAGCUCACCGAGAUCCGGCAGGCGAUGACGGCGCAGAUCAACGAGUACGAGCAGCUGCUCGAGGUGAAGCUGGCCCUCGACAUGGAGAUCUCCGCCUACCGCAAGAUGCUCGAGGGCGAGGAGGAGAGGCUGCACCUCUCCCCGAGCCCCUCGUCCCGCGUGACGGUCACUCGCUCCUCCGAGACCGUGCGCACCUCGGGCGGCGGCGGCGGCGCCGUCUCCCGCUCCGCGUCCGGCGCCGGCUCCGCGUCCGCCGCCGGCGGAGCCGCGUCGUCGCGCUCGUCGGUCGCGUCCUCCCGCGUGGCCGUGGUUCGCGGCGGCGCCGCCGCCUCGGGCUCCAACUCGGGCGGCCUGUCGCUGUCGUCUUCGGCGGCCAAGCGCAAGCGCCUGGACGUGCAGGAGUCGGAGGCGACGAGCAGCGUGAGCGUGACGCAGCGCGCCUCCGCGUCGGGCGUCAUCGCCGUGGACGAGAUCGACGCCGGCGGCAGAUUCGUGAAGCUCAUCAACGACUCGCAGCAGGACCAAGCGGUUGGCGGGUGGACUGUGAAGCGCUCGAUCCACGGCCACGCCGACAUAGUCUACAAAUUUACGGGCCGCACAAUCGUCAAGGCCGGUGACAGCAUCACGAUCUGGGCGGGUGGCGCAGGAGUGCAGCACAACCCCCCGCGGGAUCUGCUGAUGAAGCAGCACUCGACCUGGGGCUCGGGCGACGAGGUCAGGGUCGUCGUCCUCAACGCCAACGGAGAGGAGGUCGCGAUGCGUCAGAUUCUGCGCCGGCAGGGCGCAGCUGGGGAAGACGAUGAUGAAGAUGAAGAUGUGGUAGAGGCCAACGAGGCGCUCUUCCACCAGCAGCAGGAGGGCGCCGAGCGCGGCGCCGACUCGACAGAGGAGACCAUCUCGGAGUACGAACUGCGCUCCCGCACGGUGCGGCACAACACGCCCGGCGGCGGCGGUGACGGCGGCGACGGCGGCGGCGGCAAUUCCUCGUCCCGGUCGAGCCGCGCCGGCUCCGCGACCCGCUCGCGGACCACCACCGCGAGGGCGUCGGCCGCGAGCCAGUCCGGGAGCAGGUCGGGCGUGCCCGACGAGGCCAUCCUCCGUCUCGGCAUCUACUCGGCCGGCGUGGGUUCGCCCGAGCCCCGCGGCGGGAUUCACGUGGGCGGCGAGGCGGCCGUCGGCGCCGUCCGCCUGUCGACGGGGCAGCAGGCGAGCGGCGCGAGCGUGACGAACACGACGAGCGUGACCACGCAGCGCGUCGAGACCAGCCAGGUGCCGCGCGGCAGCCUCGCCGCGUUCUUGCGCAGAUAAUGCCUUGCGGUGGCUUUUUUUAGAAGGUGGGGGCACGGGGACUCAAACUUGGCUGGGCAGGGAAGAUUGCUCCAGUAAUGGCUGUUGGAGAUUCUGGGUAACAAUAUGGGGGUGGUCAUUUGAUGUUUGAAUGAAUAGGGGGUUGUCGUAAGAUUUUGGUAAGUUUCUUUGAAUUUGGUCACGUUUGGAUGUGGGUUCCACGUCGCAGUUGUUGGUAGUUUUGUAACCGAGUGUCAACGGAGAAGCCGACGGUGCUACCGAGUGUCGAUCGGCACCCAUUCUCGGCGGCGGUGGUUGUUUCGAGGGAGAAAUAAUUAUGCGUGUAAUUCCAGGACCAUUGAUGUAGGGGCUGUAAAGGGACAUUGUGUCACCUGGCAACUUGUUCUCCGAUGGCACAAAUAUAUUCUUUGCAAAACUUUAUAUUUUUGGAGGGGGGCGGGGGUGGGGUGGCGGGAAAUGGAACGUGAAAACAACACAUUUGCUCUUAAUUUUGUGUGUCCCUCCGCUCUCCGGUUCAACACAGAUGCCUUAUUUACACGUAGCUCUACCUGAAGUUUGACGUUCUUACCUGUGCGUGUGUGUGUGUUGGGCUUUGCCGUGCAGUGUGGCAUCGCAUCUCGUGGAAACUGCAUGUUUUGUUUUUGAGGUUAUCUAAACGGUUACAUUGUGAACACAAUGCGCUUACUUUUGAGGGGAGGGGGUGGGAGAAUGUAUACGUAUUACAGCGUACACGCGGUGUGUCUGUGCGGGUGUUACAACAUUGCUUCUGGAUUCGUUCCUGAAUGAAACGGUUUUGUUCGUUGCAUUUGAUUUGUCGGCGUUGCUCUGCCCACAUUCCUGUGAUGGAUGGUGCCUUUGUUGUCAAAAUCCUCUUCCAAAUAUCUCGUAUGGCUUGGCACUUUCCAGCUUAACUCCAGCGUAUAACAAUGCAAAACACGAACCGCCAACACCUCCGUGCCUCGUUUAGAGAACUCGCUCGCUUUUACGAACUUUGUUUUGCUCGGAAACCUCUCCAUCUGCCCUCAACCCCGCCGUUGUCCUUUGUCGUCUUCCUCCAAUCCCUCAAACUCAUCUUCGCCCCCCCCCCCCUUCAUGACUCCGCCGUGGGCCAGAUUUACUCGUUGAUGAUUAUUGUCCAAUUUCAUUUUUUAUAAAUCCUUCUUUGGAGAGAGAGAGAGAUGAGUCGCCACACAGCUCCGUGUCCCCACGACUGCUUACAACCCCGAGAGAGGCGCAAAUGGGCCCCAGGCAAUGUGAUUCGGGGUUCCCACUGGUCCCCGGUUCUCUCUCAUUUUUGUCUUUCGGUAAUCAACAUGUCCUUGGUGAAGCCGUUCGUCUUCCCGGGUUGUCCGUCGCAUAGACACCAGCAGAGACGACGCUUCUACAUGGACUUAUCUUCCAUCAGUGUUGAGAUAUUUUUCCUAUGGCUUAUUGUUUUGACCGUUUUGCCAACCCGUGAAUCUCUCCCCCGGCUCGCUGCCCCUGACCGCAAUCAAAGAUUGACGAUCCCAGCGGCUCACUCGAGCGGACGGUGGCCUGCAGCGGCGUGUCUCGAAAGCAUGUUGUCACUUUGCUCGUUGUGAAUCGUGCCUCGUGGCAGGCGGCAAGCACAGGUGGUGGCUGCAGCUUCCAUCCAAAAACAACAACAAUAACAACAACCUCUCGUGUUUGGGAGCCCUGGUGGCGGAUCGCGGGCGGAUGGUGUGCUGGUUUGCGCGCGUUCGUCGCUGGAGCUGCGGUGAAGCUUCACGCUCGGAAAUAUGUAGACACGCUCGCUUUUGGGUGCUUCGGUAAGCUAUAUAAGGGUAACAUAUUUUAUCCCACUGAGAAUAAAGACAUGCGUAUAUAUAAAAUGAUGUGUUCGCUUUGCAACACGAGGCGAUGGAGGACGGCUGUGGCGGGACCCAGCCUGGCAUUACAGUUUGUGUUGACAGCUUCAGGUUUUUGUUUUUUUACCCAGGACAGUGUUGCCAGAUCGGAGGUUACUUCGCUCAGGAUACUGUAAGAUAUAUACUGUAUUGAGGAAACUUAUCAUUGGCAAGAAGUCCUAUUUCGUUUUCAAGGUUCCAGCAUUGAGGGUUUAUUUUUACCCCCCCCCCCCCUUCCCUUAGCCAGCAACAAUGCUCGCAAACGUGCCUUGUUUGGUUGAUUGGAGAAUCAUUGUUAUUUUAUGUGUCUCUUGAAAAUGGAGAUGACUCGCACAUCUUAUUUUCCUGGCACAAUCUGGAGGUUUUGUAUCCGUAGGGUCGCGAUUCGAGAGAAAUCUUUUCUCAACGCUUUGAGAACAACGCGAAUGAUGGCCUCCUCUGAAAAUGCCACAGAUCCUCAAACCAAACAAUUUGCAGAUCACAAUGUUGACCCGAGUGGGGGCCUCCUCUUCUCAGUCCCCUUGAUGGUAACCGACCAUGACCCCUUCAGGAUUUAUGGAAUCCCCCCCCCCCUCUCUCACAUCAUGCGCCCCAUUUUGAGUACAACAGGCCACGAAGGGUUUUAUUCUUUGUAUCUGGCAACACUGGAACGGGGCUUGCGUCCUGAGGUGGAGGCGUUUGCCUCACGACUUCCAUUCCAAAAGCGUGGCUGAUUGUCGCCGUGGGACCACGUUCUCCGCACGCCGCCUCCCUCCGCUUGCUCGAUAUUAUCCGCUUUUCGCUAGGCGCUACAACAAUGUUUUUCUUUUUCUGGCAAUUAAAAAUCUUUGUUAACACCAA